CAACUGUACAAAAAAAGGAGAAAUGCAGCCAUUUCACUGAAAGUAUGCCUGACCUUCCAUCCAAGCACCCAACCAACAAAAUUCUUCACCCACUAACUUAAAACAAAUUCGCAUUUCCGGCUUCGCUCUCCUUUAAAGCACAUAAUUGCAUCAAACCAAAUUCACUACACAUGUAAUAAUGCGAGCUAUCCCGUUACGCCACUGCUUUCCGCCCGACUUUGACAGAAGUGCCUCUCUCCGUCUCUCUCCCACCCGCACCUCCAAACAGAGACCGCCGAUCAGCGUCGGUUCGUUAUCGAUCCCGAUCGGAUUUAACACUCUCACCAGCUGAUGGUGAGUCAGUCGAUCGCCAUUUAAAUUUGGAUCACUGACCCUGCGGUAAUUUAUUGCAACUAGUGGCAAAAAUGCGCGGCCCCCAGUCCUGUGAUACCUUCGUCGUGUUGCCACCCCUGACGCAGCACGGGGUGGUGUUCGGCAAGAACUCGGACCGGCCCCAGGGGGAGGUGCAGGAGGUGGUGUACGUGCCAGCUUCGGAGUGCUCGGAGCCAGUCAAAUGUACUUACAUCGAAGUGGAGGCGGCGGGGGGCACCAAGGCGGUGAUUCUGAGCAAGCCGGGCUGGAUGUGGGGCGCCGAAAUGGGGGCCAACGAGUGCGGGGUGGUUAUAGGGAAUGAGGCGGUUUGGACGACUGACAACGAGGGGGAGCACGAUCCUUCGGUGAAGAGGCUGCUGGGGAUGGAUUUAGUUAGGCUAGGUUUAGAAAGAGGCUCUACCGCAACACACGCCCUCGAAAUCAUCACACAACUCCUAGAAAAAUACGGUCAAGGGGGCCCUUGUUCCCAUAUUGACCCUAACUUGUCCUAUCACAAUUCAUUUCUAAUAGCUGAUCCUACUACUGCUUGGGUUUUGGAAACAUCAGGGAAACAUUGGGCUGCGGUUCAAGUCACCAGUGGAUAUAGAAAUAUAUCCAACGUGUUGACGAUUACCACUAAAAUAGAUAGAAAAUCGGACGGCCUGGAAGACUACGCCAAAUCAAAAGGCCUAUGGGACGGGGAGGGGGAAUUUAAUUUUUGCGAAGCUUUCAGCGGCGAGAAAAAACCCGGCGAUAAGAGAUAUCUAGCCGGGGAGAAGUUGCUCGCUAAGCACUCAAGCUCUAAUAAUUUUAGGGAGACGGAUAUGUUCACUAUUUUACGAGAUAAGCAUUCCGAGAUUUGUAGAAGAUGUGACGCUCCUUUCCCCACUCAGGGCAGUCAGGUGUCCACGCUGAGCUCCAGCCGCCCCAGCGUGCACUGGUUCACCGCCACCCCCGACCCCUCGGUCUCCGUGUACAAACCCUUCAUCUUCUCCCCCAACGCCGUCAUCUCGAACCACACCAAAUGCCCCGACAGCGACAAGACCGCCCCGCACACCCUCUACUCGCUGCACUCGGAGGCGGUGAAAAAGGGGGGCGACGUUCAGAGCCUGCUGCGCACCAUGGAGGCGGACUGCGUGAAGGAGCUGGAUGCGGUCCUGGUCAACGUCGGCGAGGACCUGUCCGAGUUCGACGAGUUGCUCAAAGAUUGCGUGGAAACCGAAGUGAAAUUCUACCGUUAAAUUAGGGAUUUUUUAUGAAUUUUAUGCACAUGAAAGUAUUUAUCGAAGUAGCUUUGAUAUAGUCGCUUGAUGAUGCGCCGACAGGAAUGUACCACGUGAUUACUAAGAGCCUAAGCCUGACGGUGGGCCAUUCCUGGGCUCAUUUUGUAGCCAAAUACUUAUUGUGAUGUGCUUAGAUGUGGCAAUUUCAGAGGUUGUGGUCUGUUUGCAUGCUUCAUCGAGAUUUAUUUUUGUGAUAUGAUUAAGGAAACGUUUACAGUUACGUGGAUUUAAUGUUAAUAUUUUUUGGUUGAUUUUUAGUUUAUUUUUUUAUUAUAUUUCAUAUUUAUACACGAGUAUCUUAAUCAAUACAUUUGUUAUAUACUGUACUAUUACAAGUAUUUGACGCAUAUUGUUUGCACAUUCCAUAAUGGAUAAUAAAGUGAGCAAGAUCAAGAAAAA